GCUGAGAUGUUCUGCUGCCUGGGUUUCCUCUUCACGCCUCUCCCCACUCCUCUCCUUGUCGCCCUCUUCGCCGUUGGACUCUCGGCUUUUAUCUAUGUGCUGACGAAACCCAAGCCGGUUUUCCCCCCCAUAGACCUGAAGAAACAGUCCAUCGGCACCCAGGGCUGGGCUCGGAGAUGCGCUUUGCUGAAAGACGACAACCUCAUGUCUUAUUACUAUGACGACGCCAAAACCUUGUACGAAGUCUUUAUGAGGGGGGUCCGGGUUUCAGGAAACGGGAAUUGUUUGGGGUUCAGGAAGCCGAACAAACCUUACGAGUGGGUGACCUACAAAGAGGUGGCAGACAGGGCAGAAUUCUUUGGGUCCGGACUGGUCCAUAAAGGCUGUAAACCCUCCCCCGACCAGUUCAUUGGAGUCUUUUCCCAGAACCGACCAGAGGUAGUGAUUGCGGAGCUGGGCUGUUAUACGUACUCCAUGGUUGUGGUUCCGCUGUACGAUACGCUGGGAGCUGAAGCCAUCGUGUUUAUCGUUAACAGAGCCGAGCUGUCCGUCGUCAUCUGCGAUAAGUCAGACAAGGCUCGUAUUCUUUUGGAUAACUGCGAGAAACAGCUGACCCCCGUGCUAAAAAAAAUCAUCGUGAUGGAGCCGUUUGAGAACGACGUGAAGGACCGCGGAGCCAAGUGCGGCGUGGAGGUCCUGCUGAUGAAGGACGUGGAGGACCUGGGCAAAGAGAACUUCAGAAAGGCCGUGCCUCCUAAACCGGAAGAUUUGUGCGUCGUGUGCUUCACCAGUGGGACCACAGGUGACCCUAAAGGAGCCAUGCUGACCCACGAAAACGUUGUGUCGGAUGCAGCCAGUUUCCUUAAAAACACAGAGAGUACCUUUGCGCCCCAGACCUCGGAUAUCACGAUCUCCUACCUGCCGAUGGCGCACAUGUUUGAGCGAGUGGUCCAGACAAUUGUAUUCUGUUCCGGAGCGAAGGUCGGCUUCUUCCAAGGAGACGUGCGGCUACUGACAGACGACAUGAAAACACUGAGGCCGACGGUGUUCCCGACGGUGCCGAGGCUGCUGAACCGAAUUUAUGACAAGAUACAAAGCGGGGCGCAGACGCCGUUCAAGAAACGCCUCUUGGAGUUUGCAGUGGCGCAGAAGUUUUCGGAAGUCAAACAGGGAAUUAUCCGGAACGACAGCGUCUGGGACAAGCUGAUAUUUAAGAAGGUCCAGGACACGAUGGGCGGCCGGGUCCGGAUUAUGGUGACAGCCGCGGCUCCCAUUUCAGAAAACGUUCUGUCCUUCCUCAGGUCUGCCCUGGGAUGUCAGAUUUUUGAAGCAUACGGUCAGACAGAAUGCGGCGCAGGCUGCACAUUUUCAACUCCAGGAGACUGGACGGCAGGUCAUGUUGGGGCGCCGUUGCCGUGUAACGUUGUGAAAUUAGUAGAUGUGGUAGAUAUGAAUUACUUUGCGUCUAACGGAGAAGGAGAGGUUUGUAUCAAGGGACCCAACGUGUUCAAAGGAUACCUGAAAGAUCCAGAGAAGACAGCCGAGGCCUUGGAUGAAGACGGGUGGCUUCACACCGGGGAUAUCGGAAAAUGGCUGCCAAACGGGACCCUGAAAAUAAUCGACAGGAAGAAGAACAUUUUUAAGCUGGCGCAGGGAGAAUACAUCGCUCCGGAAAAAAUAGAGAAUGUGUACGUGCGAAGCGGGCCCGUGGCUCAGGUGUUUGUUCACGGAGACAGUUUGAGGGCUUGUCUCGUCGGGGUGGUGAUUCCUGAUCCUGAGGUUUUGCCCGAUUUCGCAGCGAAACUCGACGUGAAGGGAUCCUACGAAGAACUCUGCAAAAGUGCGGUUGUAAAGAAAGCCAUACUGGACGAUAUGACUAAAGUGGGGAAACAAGCCGGACUUAAGUCAUUUGAACAGGUUAAAGAUAUCUACGUUCAUUCCGAAAUGCUGACUGUCGAAAACGGCUUCCUGACACCGACGCUAAAAGCCAAGAGGGCAGAAGUCGCCAAACACUUCCGACCCCACAUCGAAGAAUUAUACACCAGCCUGGGGGAAUAAAGAGCGAUCCGCGCUGCCCCGCGCCGGGGUCAAUCCCGCUGCAGCAAAAAGGGGACGUUUAUACAAAACAACGCGCAGCAAAGCAACGGCUGCAAUUAUUUCUUCAUCCAUUAAAGCAUCGCCGGCUUCACGCAAUAAAUGGAUACGACGAUGACGGCGGCGACGACGCCGAGCCGCUUCAAUCCGGACACAGAGGGGAUUUAAUUCUUCUUUUGGCCAAACACAUAAUGUGUUUUUUGUACAUUGUACAUGUAACUAGAAUUAUAAUAAAAAUAUUAAAAUUUAUUAGGCAAA